GUGAAUUGAAAACUCGACCGGGUUUAUUGAUGCUACAAUUGCGUCUCUCAUUUACACCACCACCACAAAUAACUACAGUACCAGCACCACUACCAUUAUACUAGCAACCAUGGGUGGCGCCGAGUCAAAAGCGGCUCACCAGAAAAUCCACAAGACCACGCUUGCCGGAGUUACAUUCCCCAACACCUUUGAGCUCUACUACGAGCCGUCCUGGAAGAAGCUCAAGCUGUCUCUCGGCGAGGCCUCUUCCGAGCCGCUCUACACCUUCAACCUGCCGGAAGGCUGGUGGGGGGAUCUCAUCAUAUACAACGGCCCUACUCUGGAACACCCGCCGCUGGCCGCUGUGCGCAACACUGGCAAGUCGGGGAUGGGAAACGCCGUCACACUGCCGCCUCUAGGGCCGGGCCAAGAAGUGCUGGAGGAGAAGAUGUCGCGUCGACGCAAGGGCCUGAUGGACGUGUUUUCCUUUGCAGCUGUUGUGCAAGCCCAAGAGGGGGAGAAAACAACGCGACGUGUCGAGAGGUUCGAGUGGGUGGGCUCAGGACGCAAGGAGGUCAAGGAUUUGCACGAAUGGAAGCACGGGUGGAAAUUAAGGCGUGUAGCUGCGAGUGGUGCGGAUGAGGACGAGGACGAAGCCGAAGACGAAUCUGCGAAUGAGAUGCCCGCUGGCGAGAUAUUGGCUGUCUGGGCCGACUCUACCAUGAGCAUGAGAAAGGCGGCCAAGUUCCAGUUCCUCAACAGCGGGGCGACCGGUGAGCUAGGAGAGGCGUGGGCCCUGAUGGCGGUGAUUACAUUUGUGAGGGUAUGGCAGAGAUACAUGCAGGUGGUGAUGGUGUAGCACGCAGGUGAGGGAUGGAGAAAGGUGAGGGCGGCAACGGAUAGUGACCCGGCUAGGUACCCGUUGGAUGAGAGCAUCUGCACAUGUAAUACUAGUAUUCGAGCUUAUAGUAAUAUGCCUUUGAGAUGACUACACCAC